AUGGCACCUACCAAAUUCCACAAGAUUGGCAUCAUCGGUUGUGGCAUUAGCGGCAUAGCCGCAGCCAAGCAGCUUUCCGAACACGAGCCCGUGGUUUUUGAGGCCACUGACUCCAUAGGAGGGGUUUGGAGACACUGUUCCUAUGCUUCAACCAAAUUGCAAACCCCUCGUCGUGAUUUUGAGUUCUCCGAUUUUCCUUGGACUCAAAGGGACUACGCAACUUUUCCUUCUUAUCAAGAAAUAUUGGACUAUUUGCAUUCGUACGCCACAUACUUUGACUUCAACUCAAAGGUAGUCGAACUUCGUUACAUUGGCGAAUCUGAAAAUUCGGGUGAAUAUGGGAAUUUAUUCCUCGGUCAUCCCGUGUGGGAAGUCGGAGUUAAGACCAGCCAAUCUGAAAAUAUUCAGUAUUAUUUCUUUGUACAUGAUAUGACAAAGUGGUACGCAUUCGAGUUUCUGGUGAUUUGUACUGGAAAGUAUGGCGAUGUGCCUGCAAUACCGAAAUUCCCAGAAAACAAAGGCCCUGAAGUAUUUGAAGGUAAAGUCCUGCACACUAUUGACUACUGUAAGCUCAACCAGGAUGAGUCAACUCAGUUGCUCAAAGAUAAGAAGGUUGUCAUAUUUGGCUACAAGAAAUCGGCUAUAGAUUUGGCGGUUGAAUGUGCUGAAGCAAACCAAGGAGGCGAAGGGCAAGCUUGCACAAUGGUUGUGAGGACUUUACAUUGGACGGUCCCACAUUACUCGAUUUGGGGUUUGCCAUUUUACUUGUUCUAUUCAACAAGGGCUUCUCAGUUCAUAUACGAUCGCCCAAAUCAAAGCUUAAUCCGAUCUCUCCUCUGCCACAUCCUCUCUCCUAUGAGAAGGGUAGUUUCGAAAUUGAUUGAGUCCUACUUAACGUGGAAGCUCCCGUUGGAUAAGUACGGGCUGAGGCCCGAACACCCGUUUUUGGAAGACUACGCUUCGUGCCAGAUGGCCAUAUUGCCUGAGAAUUUCUUCUCGGAGGCCGACAAGGGCAAAAUAGUCAUAAAAAGAUGUGCUUCGAAAUGGUGGUUUUGGGAGAGAGGAGUUGAGUUGGAGGAUGGGGAAAGGCUGGAUGCUGAUGUGGUGGUUCUUGCAACUGGUUUUGAUGGCAAAGAUAAGUUGAAAGCAAUAUUUCCGGACUCAUUUCGUGCUCUACUGGACUUCACUUCCGGCAUGAUGCCCUUGUACAGAGGCACGAUCAACCCAUUGAUACCAAAUACGGCAUUUGUUGGGUACAUAGAAAGUGUGUCAAACCUCCAGACAGCUGAAAUACGGUGCAAGUGGCUAUCUCGUCUGCUGGCUGGCCAUUUCAAACUCCCGAGCAUGGAGCGAAUGCUUUGGCACAUAACAGAGGAGAUGGAGAUAAUGAAGAAGGCCACAAGGUUCUUCAAAAGGAGUUGCAUCUCAACUUUCAGCAUCAACCACACUGACCAGAUUUGUGAGGAAAUGGGGUGGAACUCUUGGAGGAAACCUAACUGGCUUGCUGAGGCUUUUAGCCCUUAUACCAGCCAAGAUUAUCGACAACACAAAAAAUAGAAAUUCAUCACUAAAUGCUAUUAUCUAUUUAUGACAAGUAGUUGCUUCUAUCAUGAAAUCAAGAGUUCAUAACUCAUAAUAGUUUUUUUUUUUUUUUU